UCCGAAAUCGCGUAUCUAGUGACAUUAGUUGUCAGGUGUUGGCAUUGAUGCUUGUGGGAGUUUGUUUUUGAUUUUAAUAUAAAUAGCAAAAAAAAUCAAUUUAAUAAACAAAAACCUGCAAUUAAAGCACGUUACGUCCCGUGUUAACUUCCAGCUUGUAGUUCAAUGAAACUGUGUAUUGUUUUCUGAGCCCCGUGUCAUCAGCACCCCGAAACGGCGUCAAAAUGGGUUAAAACCAGCACCCCAGUACCAUGGCAGUGCGAAUUUGCAUCGAAAUAGGUCACGAGGCAUCUCUCCGUACCAAAAAGACCCAAGAAGGCUUCACCCAUGACUGGGAGGUGUUCGUGCGAGGGUGCGACGGUGCGGAGAUUCACUAUUACAUUGAAAAAGUUGUCUUCUAUUUGCACGAGACGUUUCCGAAGCCAAAAAGGGUGGUCAAGGAGCCCCCGUAUUCCGUGAAGGAGUCAGGGUACGCUGGGUUCAACUUCCCCAUCGAUAUUUAUUUAAGGAACAAUAAUGAGCCGAAGAAAAUCAGGUUUACGUACGAUUUGACCUUGCAACAGUCAGGGCCCCCUAUUGUUAAAGUGCAGAAGGAAAAGUAUGUCUUCACUUCGGUCAGUGAUGAAUUCAAGAUGAAAUUGUUAAAAGGGGGUGCAACGAUCGGGAGCUCCUCUAGCAUGCAAGAUGUGAGCGAUAACAGAUCGUCAAUUGAUGAUAAGAAUCAAAUGACUAAUAAACCGAAAUUGAGCGGUUCCGACAUGAAGAAGCAAAAAAUCAAAAUUGGGGAACCUUGUAGGGACUUCCAGGAAUUGUUUGGCUCCCCUAUCAAUAUGUCCAAGAGUUCAGAACCUAAAUUAACAAUUCCUAAACCUGACAGUAAAGGUGUGGAGAAGUCCCGGACGAAACACAGCCCCCAUAAGGAGAGUCACAAGGACAAGGAAAAAUCGAAGGAUAAGACCGAUUCGGAGAAAAAAAAUCGCGAUGAAAAGAAGAAAGAACGAUCAAAGGAUCACGAACGAAGUAAAGACAGAAGUACCAAAAAGGAAAAAUCCCCGCGCCCCAAAAGUCCUAGUCCGAAAAGAUCACCAAAACGGUCGUCCAGUCCUCGAUUUUCUAGUCCACCGGUUUUAAAAAAGGAAUCGAAACACAACGAUAAAGAAAAAAGGGACAAAAACGAAGAACGAAAGUCGAAGAAAGAGAAACGGAGUAAAGAACACAAAGAGAACAAACACGGAGAAGGCGAACAAAAAACGGACGAGCACAAGGAUAAUAAAAUCAAAAGUGAGGCGAAGAAAGAAAGUGGAAAAAUGAAAAGCGAGAAUUCGGCGUCGCCAACACAUCGGUUUCCUGAAACUGAAAAAAAGAAAGAGAAGCCGAAGGAGAAGUCGUCAAAGGAGUCGUCGAAAGAGGACAAAUACUCGGAGAAGUAUAAGCACAAGAAGAAAGACAAAGAAAAGCGCGAGAAGAAGGAGGAAAAGUCGUACAAGUCUGAGAAAAAGUCUGAGAAAAUUCCAAGCGAAACCAAACCGAAUUUAUUCAAAAGUGAGCCUCAAGUGAAGAAGGAGAAAGUUUAUGUUAGUCCAGUUCGGCCUGCGGUCGAAGAUGAGUCCUCGAAUAGUUCAACAACUAGUUCGAAUUCGUCACUAGUUGAGAAAAAGGCCAAAACUGAAGUGGUGAAAGUCAAGGAAGAGAAAAAUCAAAAAUUGAAGAAGGAAAAAGGGUAUCAAGAGAACACAAUUAAGUGUAAGCGAAAAUCGGAUUCGGUGGAAGUGGAGGAACCACCGGAAAAGAUUCAUAAAGAUCAUGGGAUUAAUAAUAACUCGGAUUUGGAGCAGGAGAGUAAGGCAGUGCUGCCAACAGCGACCGAGGAGGAGGAGGACUACUUCGGAUUAUUGCGUGACCUCCAACACAAAAUAAUGGGACUCAAGGACAAUUCUGAUCUCCAAAAAGUCGUGAAACUGAUCGCCGAGACUGGCCGUUACGAAGUAUCAGCUCACACUUUUGAUUUUGAUUUGUGUUUGUUGGACAGAUCAACAGUCCAACAACUACAAGACUUUUUUGCGAAUGAAACUUAAUUAACUUUAGGUUGCAAUAUUUUAGUUUUAGGACAAUUUCCCCGAUGUUUGCGGAAAAGUGUCGUCUUUUGUUAUGUACCUGUUUUAAGGAGUUUUUGGAUGUUUAUUUCUCCUGGUAGGAGAGUGCAUUUCGUUGUGGUUUUCUGUUGUUUUUACACAUUUUAUUGUACUUGUACAGUGAUAAAUGCUAUUAUUUUUGUAAUUUUCAAAUCGUAGCGAACUAAUGUAACCACCGUUUCGUUUUUGAACGUAGGUAUAUUGUUAUCUAGCAGAUUAGUGUAACAAGGAUCAGUGUUGAAUAAGCAUUACUAGGUUUAAGUUUUUAAUGAACCUGUUAUUAUACAUUUAUUUAAUUGUUUUCGUAAUACUAAUGCCGGACCUGUAAUUUAUUUGACCGUCUUAGCAAUAAAUAAAUGUAAAAUUAAAAA